AUUGCCGAAUAAAUGAAACUGCAUCAUUAUCAUUCACGUUUGCUAAACAAAUGGUUACGAUUUUACAUAACUUGGUAGAGCAAUCAAGGAAGAUUUAGACCGAAAUAUAGCUCCAUCAUGUCAGUCAUCAAGUACAUUGGUCGUACAACAGAUUUCAAAGGUAAACCACUAUGGGAAAUUGUGGGUAACUUGAAAAACUUUGGGGUCGGUCGAGUGGUCGUCAGAAGCAUGUUCGAGCGGUACCCGGAGCCCAGUUACAUGCGGAUUGUAAAGGUUGAGGCGCUUCCAAAUCAAGAAAUUCGCAAAGUGAAAGUCACGAUGGAGAAAACGUUUCGUGGCCGCACCUACCCGAAACUGGUCGUAAUCGAUAGUGUUUCCUACAAAGCUGACUAUCGAUUACUGUCUAAACAUGAAGAGGAAUCCUACUGUCGGACAGUGGAAAGAUCAGAACGUAUUAUCGCUACAGAAACUGACAUGCCUCCACUAUUGCGGGAGUUUAUUCAGAGAGAAACUGGAAAGAUCAAUCCAAAAAUACCAGUAAAAAUGAAACCAGGUCACAAUAAUAUCUACCGACUGGCAAAGAAAGGUGAAACUCCAAACAUAGAAAUCCCUAUGGGUUUGGGUAAACCAGCUAGUCCUAGGUUGUAUCAGAAUUGCGACAUUUAGCUUAAUAAUAUAACAGUAACAAUGGUUUA